AUGGCUAGCGUCGCAGAUACUAAACUAUACGACAUUCUUGGAGUGUCACCGUCAGCCUCUGAAAAUGAACUGAAAAAGGCGUACCGUAAAUUAGCAAAGGAGUAUCAUCCAGACAAAAACCCUAAUGCUGGAGACAAGUUUAAAGAAAUCAGCUUUGCCUACGAGGUUCUGACGAACCCAGAGAAAAAGGAGCUGUACGAUCGGUAUGGAGAGCAGGGUUUACGAGAGGGUGGAGGCGGUGGAGCCGGAAUGGAGGACAUUUUCUCACACAUCUUUGGUGGAGGACUGUUUGGGUUUAUGGGUGGCCAGGGCAGGAGCCAAAAUGGUGGCAGACGGCGAGGAGAGGACAUGGUGCAUCCACUGAAAGUGUCACUAGAAGAUCUUUAUAACGGCAAAACCACCAAACUUCAGCUCAGUAAGAACGUACUGUGCAGUGCCUGCAAUGGUCAGGGAGGUAAGACUGGAGCAGUGCAGAAGUGUAAUGUAUGUAGAGGGCGGGGAGUGCGGAUCAUGAUCAGACAGCUGGCCCCUGGAAUGGUCCAACAGAUGCAGACAGUCUGCACUGACUGUAACGGAGAGGGGGAGGUGAUCAGUGACCGGGAUCGCUGUAAGGUGUGUGAAGGUAAGAAGGUACUGAAACAGAUGAAAGUUCUGGAAGUUCACGUGGACAAAGGCAUGAGACACGGACAGAAGAUCACGUUCAGUGGAGAAUCAGACCAGUCACCAAACACAGAUCCAGGGGAUAUUGUGCUGGUACUACAGGAGAGAGAGCACGAGAUGUUCCGUAGGGACGGUAAUGACCUCUAUGUCACCCAGACGAUUGAACUGGUUGAAGCGCUGUGUGGAUUUCAGUUCUGUCUCACACACCUUGAUGGACGUCAGUUACUCAUCAAAUAUCCACCUGGCAAAGUCAUCCAACCAGGUUGCAUGAGAGUUGUCCGUGGUGAAGGGAUGCCCCAGUACAGAAACCCGUUUGAGAAAGGAGAUCUCUUCAUCAAAUUUGACGUCCAGUUUCCCCAGAACAGCUGGAUCAGCCCAGAGAGACUUAGAGAGCUGGAGGAGCUGUUGCCGGCGCGGGAGGAAACUCCUGUGAUAUCUGAUGAUGCAGAGGAGGUGGAGCUGGAGGACUUUGACAUGACUGACGGGUCAUGGGGGAGUCACCGUCGGGAGGUGUACAACGACAGCUCAGACGAGGAGGGGGGGCCUCACGGCCCGGGGGUGCAGUGUGCCCACCAAUAGAGAAAUGAAGCUUUCUUAUUCCAGCUGCUCCCUAAACAGGAAUACCCAUACUCCCAGUCAGAGACAGGAAUACUCCUAUUCCAAAUCAGAAAGACUCACACACUGACAAACCUUUAAAUGGUUUGGUAAAACAUGCACACGUAUG